AUGGCGGUCAUAGACCCAAAAGGGAAGACCUUCACUACGGGCUCCGUAAGGACCAGAUCGUCGGAGGCAGCGGAAGAAAUGGCCAUUACACUGGCCGUUGUCAAUGGUCAAAAACACGACAGAUUAAUAAUCAGUGACUCCAAGAUGGCCAUUAAGAAUUUCACAAAGGGAUGGGUCUCCACCGAAGCAGCGAAAAUCUUGAACCGCAGAGUAGAAGACUUCCGGAACGGCAAAAAUGUACCCAAAUACCUCAAGUGGAUCCCGGCGCACAUGGGGGAAUUAAACACCGAAGACACGACCAUCCCUCAAAACCUCAACGAGAAGGCCCACCGAACCGUGCGAGAACUAACACACCACGGCUCGGACAGUGACGGCCCGGCUUCCCGCACCGACCACAGAAGGGGCGACGACUCCGGUGGAGGCGAUGGGGACGAUGGAGGUGCCACGGCUUCCAUUGUUCCAGGUGCCAUGAAAGGCUACGGGAGAAUCCACAAGGAGUUGGGCGAACUGGAGUGGUACCGGCUUUUCGACCCGGCGAUUCGGCUGGCCAGGGAGGGCUUCACUAUUGGACCCCACCUGGGCCAAACACUCGAGAGGCACAGUGUCCACGUCGAAGCCAACGCCGACCUCAAGACGCGAUUCUGGAACACCGAGACCAACACCGUGUUGAAGAACGGCGACCAACUGGUGCAAGGCGCGCUGGGGGAUGUGCUCAGCGACCUAGCGAUUCACGGCGCCCAGUACAUGUACACGGGAGACUUGGCCAAGGACAUCGCCGAUAGCGUCAAGCAGGGUGGCGGAGUAAUGAGCGAAGCUGACCUGUCCGGCUACACGUCCGAGUGGACGAACGCGGUCAGCGUAAACCUCAGCCAUGGAAUGGUCUUCCACUCGGCACCCAUCCCCGGCGGCGGAACGAUGUUGGGUGCAGCCGUGGCACAGAUAUCUCUCGUGCUCGUCGAGAAGUUGAAGUUUGCAUACGCCAGAAGAGCAGAUUUUGGAGAUGAUCAAGAAUCAAGAAAUAACGAGUAUCAGAUAUUCACCGAAAUAAUUGAUAAAGUUAAUAAAACGUACAACAGCCAUCGCCCUCUGCCGGACGCCGAGAGCUACGGCCUGACGCACGAUUUCGCCCAAGACUACGGAGGCGCUCAUGUGUGCAUCAUCGCGCCCAGCGGCGAUGCCUUCUCCAUUACAUCCAGCCUCAACAAUGAGUUCGGCAGCUUGUUCACCACAUCUUCGGGUCUGCUGCUGAACAACUACAUGGACGCGUUCGUCAAGCAUGACGACGACGGCGCUCCGACGGCCAACCUUCUGGGCACGUCCAAGACGCCGAUGACUUCGAUGGCGCCCGUCAUUGUCACCGAGGAGUCUUCCAUAACACCGGUGCAUUCGGUCUUCGGCGGCUCUGGCGGCAUGGCGGGAUUGUCUGCCAUUGCCCAGCUCCUCACGUGCGCCGCAAAGUACGCGUACCGCGAGUGCGCUCUCAGCGAAGCCCGAGUUCACCCAGAGCUGAUGUCUGCGAAGUUCGUGGUCAACGUCGCCGGCAAUGACACGGAUUUGAAAGCGAAAGAGAAGCUCCGGUCGUACGGCCACGAGGUGUCCGAAAGAUUCAUUCCCAGCACAGCCAUAGGAAUCAUGCCAACGCGCCGAGCGACCUACUUGGUCAUCAACGACACAGAGCACGCAGAUGGCGGAAACACGGGUGGUUCCAUAACUAGCCCCGUAGGAUAA